GACUUUGAUUUCUUCUUCUUCUUCUUUCUUCUCUUCCUACUUUUGAUUUUGAUUGAUUCCAGUAUUGGAAACUUAUCUUGAAUCAAUGAUCCGCUAAAUAUGCCCAAAUUCAAAAUCUGUGGCUUUACGUUGCGCUCCUCCGUUCUUUCUCGCUUCAUCCUCAUGUCCGAUCUUUUCGAAGAUUGAAGAUUGAAAGAUUGAAAGAUUGAAGAUUGAAAGAAAGAAAGAUACAACAGGAUGGAGAUCAAGGGGAGAUUUCUGCCGCAAUUUAAAGUCCGGCAACCUCCUCUGAUCACCACUUGGCUACUGCCUAAUAAACGCUUCAGACGCCGCCCUCUUCUCGUUCUUAACAUGUUCAGGGAGGUGACUCCCGGAUCGACCUAUAGGUGGAAAAGUCUUGAGGUCCAUUCUGAUAACAACCAAAAUAUUCGAAUGCCAGCAGUUUCCAAACAGGAUAGCUCAAAGCCAAUCGAACUGUCGUUCAACCGACUACAGCUCACUGAUCAGGAAUGUUAUGGAUUGCAGAAGCGAAGUUUUGGCAGAUUCGUGGCGCGUGAAGCUGUUCUUGACGAAGAAUAUUGGACAGCAGCAUGGCUACGAGCUGAAGCACACUGGGAAUCAAUGUCAUAUAUCAGGCACAUGGACAAUUUUAAAAGGAAGUAUGCAGAACAGGAAUUCUAUGCUUUGAAGCGACGUUGUAGCGGACAAGAUGGAAAUUCACUUAGGUGCUUCUGCUUUGUUGCGGUUAAAAAGGAGGACAAAAAUAUCCGAAGGACUGUUCUAAACAGUGUUGUGGGAACUCUGGACCUCAGCGUCCGUCAACUUUUGCAAGGAGAAAGAUAUCCAGGGGAGGUGAAAAGGGUAUCUGCUAUCUUGGCUAGCCAAGUGCAUUACGGAACACACCAAUAUGCUUACAUUGCUAAUGUCUGUGUUUCUAAGUUUGCUCGACGUCAGGGAAUAGCUUCAAAUAUGCUACAGUUUGCAACAGAUGUUGCUAAUUUGGCAGGUAUGAGGAAACUAUUUGUACAUGUAAAUGUGGAGAAUGAGGCUGCUCAAGAAUUGUAUAAAAAAACUGGUUUUAAGGUUGUAGAAGCAGCUUCAUCUACUCUGUCAAAGGAUCAAAGGCUGCUAAUGGCGAUGGAAUUAUGAGUUGGAAAUAAUGUACAUGCAUAACCAAUGUUUUGAAAGUUCUUCAUGUUUGAUAAGAGAUGAAAAUUUGGAGACACCAACAAUGUAUAUAAAACAUGUAAGUAUUAAGGUGGUGGGGGAGUUUUAUCUA